AUUCACCCACCAAAGGAAAAGAGUUCCGAUACACGGAAGUCCUUUGGCAUGUAAGUUAUUAUUGAACUAUGGAUUUAAACUUUUUUGUACUCCAAACAACUAGUCGGUCAACAGUUGUGUUAUUAUGCGAGACAUGAUAGACUAACGUUUGAGUGAGAAACACAAUGGUACGUCCAUAGCAAAGGUCAAUGGACGCAAGAACGUGAGUUGUGUAGCCUCCCAGCCUGCUAGCUAGCAACGCUAGCGACCAAAACUCGUUACAGAUUCAGAUUAAUCUGCUGGCAAACGGGUUUUACUUGUCAAGCACGCUUGGAUUUAUUUGUCAUAUUCUGCGUUGCUGGUAUUCCCGGAGCCACCAGAUAAAGACCCCACCUCCGUCAUGGCUUCGUCCAGGUUGAAGUAUCUCUCCCUGGGCGUGUUGGUGUUCCAGACCACGUCGCUGGUCCUUACCAUGCGCUGCUCGCGGACGCAGCUAGGAGACGGUCCCCGCUACCUCGCCUCCUCCGCCGUGGUGGCGGCUGAAGUCAUGAAGAUUGUCGCGUGUCUGCUUAUCGUCUUCAAGGAGCACAGCUACAGCCUGAGGUCUCUGAACAGCUUGCUGCGCCAGGAGAUCGUGCACAAGCCCAUGGAGACGCUUAAGCUGGCCAUCCCCUCUGGGAUCUACACGCUGCAGAACAACCUGCUGUACAUAGCACUGUCCAACCUGGAUGCAGCCACAUACCAGGUGACGUACCAGCUGAAGAUCCUGACCACGGCCUUGUUCUCCGUGUCGAUGUUGGGACGCAGGCUGGGCGUGUACCAGUGGCUCUCCCUGCUCAUCCUCAUGGCUGGGGUGGCUCUAGUCCAGUGGCCCUCCGAGACCCCAGGGGCAGCAGAGGACGCCCCGUCGUCAGGGUCUCCCCUGGUCGGCGUGGCGGCGGUGCUGGUAGCAUGCUGUUCUAGUGGCUUCGCUGGUGUUUACUUUGAGAAGAUCCUGAAGGAGAGCAAGCAGAGCGUCUGGGUCCGCAACAUACAGCUGGGGUUAUUCGGCCUGGUAUUUGGGCUGGUGGGAAUGCUGGGAUAUGAUGGAGAGAGGGUGAUGGAGUCUGGAAUGUUCCAGGGCUACAGCUCAAUCACCUGGGUGGUGGUGGCUUUGCAGGCGCUGGGCGGGUUGGUCAUCGCUGCUGUCAUCAAAUAUGCAGACAAUAUCCUGAAGGGAUUUGCCACGUCCCUGUCAAUCAUCCUGUCCACGCUCAUAUCCUACUUCUGGCUCCAGGACUUUGACCCGACCAGUGUGUUCUUCCUAGGAGCCCUGCUGGUCAUAGUGGCCACCUUUCUGUACGGGCACGAGGGCAAGCCAGCAGCAAACCCCAGCAGGGCCUAGAUCCACCAGGAGGAGAGAAGGAGGAGGAGGAGAUCCACACAGAGGAGAGGAGGAGAGGAGAUCCACACAUAGGAGAGGAGGAGGAGGAGGGACUAGUACAGAUGAAGGACCCUGUCACCGUGGCGAUGGUCCUCUGACACAGCCGAGCGCCUGCGCUGGAGACCGUAACCAUGAAGCGACCAUCGAGACGGGCGGUCUCCACGGCAACUGACUAUGUGGCGCUGUGAGCAUGUGCAGUGGUUGGAUGUUCCUGCAGGAGAGGAAGGAGGGAGGGAGUGAAGGAGGCAGAAGGCUUCAGGAGAGAUUACCUGCUAGCCACAUUAGCGCUCUGUCAUGCUAAUCAUUAUUAGAACAAACAUUCACUGAUGGGUGGACAAGGACACACACACACACACACUCAGGCACUGUCCACCAGUGGGGCCUCAAAGGUGUCUGCUCAGGCAGCACACCUGGGCCACCAGGGGGCGCAACAACAUGAUGAAGUUGUUACUGAGAUUGCUGCUCUAAGAUGAGCAGGUCAGCUCCAUAAAGGAUAUGAUUGUUUUCA